UGUAGGUACUAUUUUUGGACUAAUUACUUACGGGUUAUCACAUUAACUGCUAGAAAUCGUGCUUACACUUAAUGGUUGUUUAUCGUUCUCUGUUUUAUUAGCUACUCGUACCUAUGCGAGACGUGAAUGUUGACUCAGGGUUGAACGUUUACUUAAUAGCUGGAGGUCAAUGUUAAGGAAACAAAGGAGAAUGAUACAAGUAACGUCACUGGAGAUGCAAAAGAAGAUAAGGAUGCGAUGCAUGGCGCAGUGGAAAGUGAUACAAAAGACGCGACAGCAAGCAAUGUGCUUCCAACUUGUGAUAGUUUAGACGAAAAUAUACAAUUAGCUAGAAAUAGUGAUUCUUUUACAAAAAUCCACAAUGAAGAACAAGAGCAAGACAAUCAAUUGAAUAGUGUCGUAGAAAAUGAAGAAGUAAAAAUAAGCGAAGAUGAGAGUGAACAGAAAUUUACAACACUAAAAGAGGUGGCAGAUCAAGUAAUGUUGAACAACAUACUCGAAGAUGUAGAUCAAACUUCAGCACAACACAACAAUCACGAGCCAUCCAAUGACGAAGUGGAAAAUGUUCCUAUAGUUAUUGAAGAAAAAUCGCCCGAAUUACCAGAAGAAUGUAAUGAUGAACAACUGGAAGACAAAGAAGGCCAAGAAGAUAAUGAAGAAUCUACAAGUCCGAGUCAAUCAGACGGUAAUCGCUCAACGCGGUGGGAAGCACUCGCGGACAUAGCAGCGGAACUACCACCAUCGCUUGCCGUAGAUCCUAUGACAGGCCAAAUUUAUUCUCUCGCUAAAUAGCGCAGAGUACCUACUACUUCUGCUGUAUUCUAGCUAUUUAGUUUAUUAAAUUCUGAACACGGUCAGUACGAGAAAUCGCAGCCUGCCCUUUACACAAAACAGCAUAAUAUGACGUAAAUACAACUAGGUACAAGAUAAUAUUAUCUUCUCUGCUCUUAUAAAAUUGUAUAAGUUUGUCUGUUUAUUUUUUUAUAUGCACAACACACAAAACUCCACUGGUCCAAAGGCGAAAAUAUCGUUGUAGCUCGAAAGCACAUAGCGGACAUAGGUAGGUACCUACGCGCAUGUCUAAAAAUAAUUAUUUCGUAAAAUUU